AUGGCUGAAGGUCUCUGCUAUGAAGAACUAAUAGAUCAUAUAAUUGCCAAUAAACCGAUUCCAAACGUUGUACAAGUUCCUGAAGUAACGUACGAUGAGUCUGAAAGGACUCAUUCAGAGUUGAAGCCAAGGCCUAAGCCAUGGGAAAUGCAGGAGAAGGUAGAGGAAGCACCGCUAGUAAAUGAACCAUUACAGGAUCCAUCACAACUGCCCUCUAAUAUACGGCUGUCCGAAGAACUACGAGCUUUAACACGAUCUCAAAGCAUAGAGAGCCUUUCUAAUUACUACGCUAGGGAGGCAGAGCUGGACGCUGCUUUGGAAAAUGAUAAUCGAUGA